GACAAAUUUAAGGAAAAAAGAAUAUUCCUGUGGCGGAAUUGCGGAAUUUACUCAAUUGCAUUGAUACUGUUGGCUGAUGCUGGUCGGCGUUCUAAACUUUUACGGAGUACUUCUCUGAUCAACUUAUUAGUCUUCCCAGGUUUGAUACAAGCCUACAACCAGUUUUCUUCUUUCACCCAGUUUCCAGUUUUACCCAAGGUAGGAGAUGAAUUCCUUAGCUUCAUUCGGGUCGACUUACCUCGAUCGUGGCUGCUCUCUGAAUUUCCAGGGUGAAUGGAAGAGUUCAAAGCUAAGGAAACUCUGCGUGAGAGCUUCUUCAGCGGCUGCCCAAGCUCAACAAUCUGAAAAGUUUCGAAUAGGUGUUCUUGGAGCUAGUGGCUAUACUGGUUCAGAGAUUAUCAGACUCCUAGCGAAUCAUCCACAAUUCAAGAUUACUCUAAUGACUGCAGACAGAAAAGCUGGACAAUCAAUAGAGUCAGUUUUUCCUCACUUGGUUUCACAAGAUUUGCCAAAUCUGGUUUCUGUCAAGGAUGCAGAUUUUUCCUCUGUGGAUGCUGUGUUUUGUUGUUUACCACAUGGAACGACCCAGGAAAUCAUCAAAGGUCUGCCAACUAGUCUAAAAGUGGUUGAUCUGUCUGCGGAUUUCAGAUUGCGUGAUGUUGCUGAAUAUGAUGAAUGGUAUGGUCAGCCUCAUAGAGCACCGGAGUUGCAGAAAGAAGUAGUAUAUGGUUUGACUGAGAUUUACAGAGCAGAUAUUAAUGAUGCACGAUUAGUUGCAAAUCCUGGCUGUUAUCCAUCAUCUGUUCAACUCCCUCUAAUUCCAUUGAUAAAGGCUAACCUCAUUGAGUUAAAAAACAUCAUAAUUGACGCGAAAUCUGGUGUUAGUGGAGCAGGACGUGGUGCAAAAGAGGCCAAUCUGUACACUGAAAUAGCAGAAGGGAUACAUUCUUAUGGCAUUACAAGGCAUCGCCAUGUUCCAGAGAUUGAACAAGGAUUGUCAGAAGCUGCAAAUUCAAAAGUUACAAUUAGUUUCACUCCACAUUUGAUGCCAAUGAGCCGUGGUAUGCAAUCAACUAUUUAUGUAGAAAUGGCUCCUGGAGUUACAACCGAUGAGUUAUACCAGCAUUUAAGGAGCUUUUAUGAGAAUGAAGAAUUUGUAAUAUUGCUAAAGGGCAAAGAAGUCCCCCAUACCCGACAUGUCCGAGGAUCCAAUUACUGUCUCAUGAAUGUGUUUCCAGACCGAAUCCCAGGGAGAGCUAUAAUAAUAUCAGUCAUUGAUAAUCUCGUGAAGGGUGCCUCCGGUCAAGCCUUGCAGAACCUCAACUUAAUGAUGGGAAUUCCUGAAAAUUCAGGGCUUCAUUGCAUUCCUUUAUUUCCUUGAGAUGUUUUUUGUUUGACCUUAUCACCCUGGUCACACAUGUAUCAAUAGUUUUCUUCAUGCCUUAAUGAUGAAAUUCCCCUAAAGUUAUAGGCUCAGAUCCCCCAACAGGCCAUUUUCCUCUAAAGCAAAAAUAAGGUGUGCUAAAAAGCACCAAGUUUUAGGUUCACAUCCCUAAAUUUAUGUCUGCAUGGAAUAAAGCAAUAAAAAGGUGUGUAUUACUUUUAGCACAUUGUUUUUCUCAUGCUAGUUGGUGGAGAGGCUGUGCAUCAUGUGAUCACAUUGAAUUUCAAUUGCUUUUCAAUUUUCACAAUGUCAGUGCAUAUAUAACUAUCCAAGAGGGGCAGAAGCCCUUUCCAAAUCUUAGGUCCGACCAGAUUGAGAGAAAAGAUAUGGACGGGGUUGAAAGCGGUUAGUUUUAUUGGGUUUCCUUGUCCGGAUUGAUGACGAUCACCCGGUGAUGAAUAUCCUCGAGCUCCUCGACCAGAUCAUGAAUAACGGGGAUGUCUUCACACUCACAAGUUCGAGUUCAUUGUUUGAGUUUUUCAAAUAGCUCGGUGAAGGGUGCCGGCUUGGAUAUGUCAUAAUGUCAUAUAGGCCUUCAAGGCCAAUUUUAAUAGACUAAUAGUCUUCGUGUUCUAAGAGCUUUCAAAGAAUACCACAAGUCACAACCGUCUUUAGAAAAUGCAUGCAAUCAAUAUGAACAUAUAAUAGAUUAGUAAAUGUAUUUCAGUAUUUACUCCACUUUUUAAUGGUUUGCCUACUGGGAAUAAAAAAAAGUAGAGGUUGUGGCGUGUUUGGUCGACACGAUUAUGGACAAGUAAUAUUAUUGAUAGCAUUAGGUUUUAUAUUGAAUUAUUGAUAGCAUCAAGAC